AUGCCGGGCAACCACCAUAUCAUCGACUGGGCCAAAAUUUUGGCCAUCCUGAUUGCUGUUGGCGUGCCGCUGAUACUAGUUCCGAUCUUCAACCUAGCAAUUUUCUGCGUGCUUCGGAAAAGACCGAAAACCGUGGCCACCCGAAGCUUCUCGGCCUCCACUUCCAUUGACAGCGAGCAGCCGAUUAGAGAAAAUUGCGUGCUGGGCAGUCGGCAGCGAUACGAACGAAAAGUUACACGGACGAUUGUGGCAAUCAUUGCUUGCCACAUUUUUACGGAUUCGCCGUCCGCCUUUCCGUUCAUAUGGGAUUUACUUGGUCAAGAUGCUCCGAUAUGGAUUAAUUGGAUGGUCCCGUCCCCGAAUUACAUCUACAUGUUCUGCGGCAUCAUCAACUCGUUGCAUUUGCUGGGCAAGGUGCUGAACUUCUUCCUCUUCUGCUUACUAUCCGAAGAUUUCCGAAAGCGUGUCCAGAUAAUGCUACGAAAAUACUCCAAAACCCUACGGCACUAUCGACCCGCUUUUAUG